AGCGGUGGGUACCUGAACACAUCAGGUGAUUGCAAAUGGCUCCUGAGUGAGACUGUGUGUGGGGUAAUGCAAUGGGAAUCUUUGCCGUGAGGUCGCCUGACUCUGUCCCCUCUUCCCACAGUGGGCUGACCCGAGAAGCACACAGCAAGGAGGUGGAGCAGGUCUACCUGCGCUGCUCGGCAGGCUCCGUGGAGUGGAUGUACCCAACUGGGGCGCUCAUCGUUAACCUGCGGCCCAACACCUUCUCACCUGCCAGGAACCUCACUGUGUGCAUCAAGCCUUUCAGGGACUCCUCUGGGGCCAAUAUUUAUUUGGAAAAAACUGGAGAACUGAGACUGUUGGUACGGGACAUUGGUGGUGAACCUGGCCAGGUGCAAUGCUUCAACCUAGAACAGGGUGGCCUCUUUGUGGAGGCAACACCCCAACAGGACAUCAGCAGGAGGACCACAGGCUUCCAGUAUGAGCUGAUGAGUGGGCAGAGGGGACUGGACCUGCGUGUACUGUCUGCCCCGUGUCGGCCAUGCAGUGACACUGAGGUUCUCCUUGCCAUCUGUACCAGUGACUUUGUUGUCCAAGGCUUCAUCCAGGAUGUCACCCAUGUGCCAGAGCAGCAAGCUUCCGUCAUCUCCCUGCGGGUGAGCAGGCUCCACCGGCAGAAGAGCAGGGUCUUCCAGCCAGCUCCCGAGGGCAGUGGCCACUGGCUGGGUCGUGUCACAACGCUGCUGGAGUGUGGUGUACGGCCAGGGCAUGGAGAAUUCCUCUUCACCGGACAUGUGCACUUUGGGGAGGCACAGCUUGGGUGUGCCCCACGCUUUAGUGACUUUCAAAGGAUGUACAGGGAUGCAGAGGAGAGGGGCAUAAACCCAUGUGAGAUCAAGAUGGAGUGACCUACAGGGUGAAAUGGUACUGUUCUUCAAAUGAGCCACAGUUUGUGUCCUCAGUCACUCUAUCAGAUCCCGAUAGAGUCUGCAGGGUGGUGGCAUGGGCCCAGCCUGGUGCUCAAACUGGGGAGGUACAUGCUGCUCUGACCUGUUGGGUCUCAGUCAAGGAUGCCCUGACCCAUUGGAAAUGCUGUAAACUUCAAACUAAGUUAUUAUAUUUUUUGUAAAAAAGAAAUGUACAUAGCAAACAA